AUGGCUGUGUUUCCCAUUGUCAACGGCGCCCAGAAGGCGAUUAUCGCUGUGGCUGCUAUUUUCAUGGUGCUGCCAAUUGUUGCAGUUACUUUGCGCAUCUACGGCCGUCAUCUGAAGGGAGUCGGCCUCGACCUGAGUGACUACCUGAUCAUGGGUGGAUUGGUGUGUUCCCUUGGCUUCGGUUCCAUUGACAUAUCCUGCGUCGUCAACUGCGGAGUGGGCCACCAUAUGGCAGAGGUCGUGGCAGAGUACGGAAUGGACCCAAUAAUGCUCUCCAUGAAGGAACUCGUCGCCAUCCAGAUCCUAUGGGCCGUCGGUAACUCCUGCGUCAAGCUCUCCCUCCUCUCCUUCUACUGUCGCGUCUUCUCCUUUCCUCGGUUCAUCAUGGCGGCCAAAGCAACGGCCAUAUUCAUUCUCCUCUGGGCUCUCGCCGUCAUCCUAGGCGGGUUCCUCCUCUGCCAGCCAUUCGCGUUUACCUGGGACCAAAGCAUCCCCGGCGGCCAUUGCGGUAACCAAGUCCUCUCAUACCAGAUCACCGGCGCCCUCAACCUGGUGACAGACCUGAUGGUGCUGACCAUGCCAAUGCCGUAUCUCUGGAAGCUCGAGAUGCGCGUAUCGCAGAAGGUGCCUCUCAUGGCGGUCUUUGCUGUCGGGCUAUUGUACGUAUCUCCCGCCCUAUGUCUAUUCCACAUACCCAGAAUUAACAGGUCCAGCGUCUGCAUCGCAACAAUCAUGCGCCUCGUCUCUCUCUCCCUCCUUGAUUUCACCGACCUUACCGAUAAUAUCACCGAAGCGAUGAUCUGGGGAACCAUCGAGCCUGCCCUGGGCGUCACCCUAGCCUGUAUCCCCUUCAUGAAGCCCAUAUUCCCCUUCUCCCGGUCCAUGGCGAACUAUACGCAGUCCGGGCGGACGGAAAGCAGUCGCGGGAAAGUGUUUAGCAAGAAGGGUUUUCGACAUCCAUAUGAUCCCUAUCCUUUGGAAACGAUGGUUAGUACGGCUGGCCCGCAGGAUGGUGGGCCGGGUAUGCAGACGAGGCCGGAUAAUGCGUCGGAUCAGGAGCAGUUGGUUCCAGAAGGGGAGCGACAGCCUGGAGAGGGAAAGGGAAUGUCAAUUGUAGUGAAAAAAGAUUUUGAUAUGAGAUGA